CACCAAUUGCAUGCUUUAAUAGCAUUUAAAUGCUUUCAUUUUCUCUUUAUUAUCUUGUAAUAUUCCAACCAAUGAUUGCAUAUGUAAAAGUUUUACUUCUUUGUCAAGAAAUUCCAUCCUUUUUUGCAGUGACAAUGAACCUAAGAAUCAAAUUUGAAUUUCAUUUUGUAUUCAAAUGAUAAAGAUAUUAGCCAAUGAGUUAUAGCUCAAUUGGCAUAGUCUCUCCAUACUCAAUUAAGAGGUUGCAGGUAUCAGUUUCAUCAAUGGAAGUUGGAGUAGUGCCAGAAUCAUCAAUCAGCAAUGGAUCAAUUUGCCAUUCAAGACCACCAAAGGGAACAAUUGACCUAUUUUCAGGACCUACCCCAAUGCAAAUGAGUUCAUAUCUCACUCCAAUGGACAGAGAAGCCAGAGUCCUAAGGUAUAGAGAGAAGAAGAAGACAAGAAAAUUCGAGAAGACCAUAAGGUAUGCAUCAAGAAAGGCCUAUGCAGAGACUCGGCCGCGAAUCAAAGGCCGAUUCGCCAAGAGAACUGAUGUUGAAGCUGAAGUUGAUCAGAUGUUCUCCACACCAUUGAUUACAGAAGUUGGUUAUGGCAUUGUUCCUUCAUUCUGAAGAAAGCCAGAGCAGAAGCCAGAGAAGCAAGUGAUGAAGAUAUUUCAUAUUUAUGUUGCUAUGUUACUAAGUUUUCUAGAUUGGUAUUAUUUUUUAUAUGAUCUUCUAAUCUUCUAUAUACAUAUGCUUUUAUUUAUUUCUUGAUUUUAUUGCAUUUGAAUCAUGACUCUGCUAUUAUUAUUAUUUGUAAAUAUAGUUCCUAAUUAUAUUAAGUUUAUUACAUUUUGUAUCAAGAUGUAAUUUCUGUAUUCUAUUCA